AGAGAAGGCUAUCGAGAACGCAGGGAGUGGGACAGCAGGAAGCGGAGGAGGAGGGGGAGGUGGAGGGAUGGAGCAGGCGACCAUGCCGAAUGAGGGGGAGGGAGGGAGGGAGGGGGGGGUACGGAGGGGAGGGCGGGGAGAGGAAGCAGAGCGGCAUUAGAUUAAAUGAGGUGAGAGUAAUUCAGGCAUUAAUCAAGCCGGGGCAAAAGGGAGGGUGUACUUUUUCUUUUUUCCUUUUUUUUCCUACACCGACCCCUCCCCCCCACCUCCUCUUCUUCUUCCUCCUCCUCCUCCACCCCCCCCCCCCCCCACUGCCCGCCCUCCACAUCCACCCCCCCCCCACACCCCCCAUCGUCCCUUUGCUCCGCUGUGCUGGAGAGAGCGAGAGACAAGGUGUGAAUGAGGGGAAGCCUGCGUUGGAGGCUUGCACAAGCAGGGUCACAGCAUCUGAAACAUGGCCGCGUCCAGCACCAAUGUCCAGUCUGCAGCCGACCAGAAUGGAGCGGUUCCGGGGGAACCGGCAAAGCAGGAUGAGAACUCGCGGCGAGGGAACUGGGGGAACCAGAUUGAGUUCAUCCUCACCAGCGUGGGCUACGCCGUGGGCCUGGGCAACGUCUGGCGCUUCCCUUACCUCUGCUACCGCAAUGGAGGAGGUGCCUUCAUGCUGCCCUACUUCAUCAUGCUGGUGUUCUGUGGCAUCCCUCUCUUCUUCCUGGAGCUCUCCUUCGGACAGUUUGCCAGCCAGGGCUGCCUGGGGGUCUGGAAGAUCAGCCCCAUGUUUAAAGGCGUGGGCUACGGCAUGAUGGUGGUGUCCACCUACAUCGGCAUCUACUACAACGUGGUGAUCUGCAUCGCCUUCUACUACUUCUUCAUGUCCAUGACGGACGUGCUGCCGUGGACGUACUGCAACAACCCCUGGAACACGCCCGCCUGCGUGGGCGUGAUGGACGCCGCCAACCGCACCUUCGCCAACGCCACCAGUGGGCUGGCAGCCGUCGCCGUGGAGGGGGUCGCCGCGGUGGUCAACCGCACCAAGCGUACCAGCCCCAGCGAGGAAUACUGGAAACACUAUGUGCUGAACAUCUCAGAUGACAUCGGUAACUUCGGGGAGGUGCGUCUGCCCAUCCUGGGCUGCCUGGCCCUGUCCUGGGUGGUGGUCUUCCUCUGCCUCAUCAAGGGGGUCAAGUCCUCCGGCAAGGUGGUUUACUUCACAGCCACCUUCCCCUACCUUGUCCUCACCAUCCUCUUCAUCAGAGGAGUGACGCUGGAUGGAGCCAUCAACGGCAUCAAGUACUACCUCACCCCCCAGUGGGAGAAGGUGCUGGACGCCAAGGUGUGGGGGGAUGCUGCGUCUCAGAUCUUCUACUCUCUGGGCUGCGCCUGGGGAGGCCUGAUCACCAUGGCGUCGUACAACAAGUUCCACAACAACUGUUUCAGGGACAGCAUCAUCAUCAGCAUCACCAACUGCGCCACCAGCGUGUACGCCGGCUUCGUCAUCUUCUCCAUCCUGGGCUUCAUGGCGCACACGCUGAACGUGCCCGUGUCCGAGGUGGCGGACCACGGCCCCGGGCUGGCCUUCGUGGCCUACCCAGAAGCCCUCACCCUGCUGCCUGUCUCGCCCCUCUGGUCCAUGCUGUUCUUCUUCAUGCUCAUCCUACUGGGACUGGGAACCCAGUUCUGCCUGCUGGAGACGCUGACGACGGCCAUCGUUGACGAGAUCGGGACAGACUGGAUCAUCAAGAACAAACCCAUUGUCACCCUUGGCGUGGCCAUCAUAGGGUUCUGUCUGGGAGUUCCUCUGACCACACAGGCCGGAAUCUACUGGCUGCUGCUUAUGGACAACUUCGCUGCUAGCUUCUCCCUGGUCCUCAUCUCCUGCAUCAUGUGCAUCUGUGUCAUGUACAUCUACGGCCACAGGAACUACUUCAAAGAUGUGGAGAUGAUGCUGGGAUUCCCCCCACCGCUCUUCUUCAGGAUCUGCUGGAGAUUCAUCUCCCCCCUCAUCAUCUCAUUCAUCCUCAUCUUCACGGUGAUCCAGUACAAGCCCAUCACCUACAACGACUAUGUGUACCCCGGCUGGUCCCUGGGCAUCGGCUUCUGCAUGGCCAUGUCCUCAGUGAUCUGCAUACCCAUCUACGCUCUCUACAGGAUCUCCAGGUCUCCCGGGGCCACCUUCAGAGAGCGGUUAAGGAACGCGUGCAAGGCGGACCCCAAGUGGGGCCCCGCCCUGAGGGAGCACCGGGUCGGCCGCUACGCCCCCAUGGUGUCCGGAGCCGAGGACGGCCUGGAGGUGCUGCCCCUCAAGGAGAAGGAGGAGACGAAGGAGAAGGAGGAGCUGAAGGAGGAGGAGGAGGCGCGGGAGAGGAAGGAGGACGUCUGUCUGACCAUCCAGCAGGGCAGCAACGGCUCCACCGCCACGCAAAACACCCCCAACCCCGCCGUGGCGUAGACGCCGCAGUACCGCCCCCCACUAAUAGAGGGCGACACACCUGUCUGCCUCCUCCUCUUCCCCCACCCUCUCGUUAUUCCUCCCCCCAUCCUAUCUCCUCAGUCCACCCACAAGCACCUCCCUCAUCCCUUACUUUCCCACAAUGCAAUGUGGGGGAGGUCCCACCCACUGGAGAUCCUUACAUAUUGUAGGGGCUUAUUAUUUCUGACCUAACCUCUUCCGUCUCUGUGUGUGAGUGUCGGAUCUAGAGCAAAUAAGGAGAAGAAACAAAACAAAAGAAUAGGAAUCACAGAUGAUUUUUUUUCGGAUAGGGAACAUAGAGGUGUUAUUGUUUGUUUUGUUUCGCAUAAUUUAAUAAUGGCGUUCAUUUUUUUUCUUUACUUUCCAUCUUUUUUACAAACACCCCCUCCCCCCAACCCAACGUCCUCGUAUGCAGAAUCGGUUUCUGAGGGUGGUACCGAUGGCCACACCCUCUCAUUCAAAUGACCAUCGAGCCCAAAUCACCAACCACUGUCCCCUGCGGGUUCAAACAGCUAGCAUAGCGGGACACACACUGUCGUGUGGUCCUCCCGUGGGGGGCAUCGCUCCGCAUGCAGACACUCAGAUGUCAAGUGAACAUCUCUUGUGGUUUAGACCGUCCUCGAGCAUGUUCUGCUGUUUACGAUCAACCAUGACGUUCUGAGGACCUGCUUUAUGAGGACACAUACACACACACACACACACACACUCACACACACACACAGCAACAAUGAUCAGAAUUGUUGUUAAAGCUAUCGUAUAAUAGAAUGACCUCAAAGUCGAGCUCCACUAAGGACAAGACCUCUUUUACUUUUAGGCCGAUCACAAGUAUUGCACAAGCACAAUGAAUGGCUUGCUAACAUUGAGGGUCCUCACAAAGCUCAAUUUCCCCAGGGAGUGUGAGGAUGGAUUGACUGUUUACUGUAAAGCUGCUACCCUUAUCGAGUCAUUACCAGGCACAGAAGCAUACGAUAAUGGUCCAUGUGCGGCAAUCUUCUGUGCCGUCUUCUUUUUUGCAUACACAAGGUCUUCUAACCUAGCACAAGAACACCCCCACACACACACACACACAUACCAUGCUCUGUUUUGAUUGGUCAUUCUUGCCGAAGCACAAGAGAACCCAAUAGAUAUUCUCAGGGUCCUACUAGCUCUCUGGUUUCAUGUCUACUACUUCCAAGGAGAUAACACUGGUGCCGCGAUUGGCUGACUCGCAUCAUAACGAAUUUUAAAGAUUCAAUAUUUCAGUAUCACGUUAUUUAAUUAAUUAAUGAAUACAUCUUGGUAUGCAUGAGCAAGCGCAUAUAUAAGCAAAAAAAACACAAAGCACGAAAUAAGUGAGACACUUUUCAGUGUGUCGCAAAAAUAAAAGGAGAAGAAAGUGCCAUCAUCAUUAUAAAGGUCUUCCGAGGCAUUUUUUUCCCGAAGGAAAUGCUGAUUUUCAGUCGUAGCAUCUCAAACUUGUUAGGCUGUAGAGGAGUUGGUCUUUAAUCUCAACAGGAGGAUUCUUCGGGGGUCCGUCCCUCAGAGACUUUCUCGUGUCUCAGCUUUCUCUCUCGCUUUCUCUGAUGAGAUGUCGCAAUUGACGCAGUUAUGGCAUGUUACCAAAACACUUGUUAAGCAUGCAUGGACAUGUAUGUAUGGGUGCCAUAGAGCGGUGCGUGGGUUAGAAAUCGCGUCCUUCGUAGCUUUGUAUGGAAUCACCGCAGUCACAGUGAAACAUUUUAAUGUAUUUAAAAAAAACAUCAUGUUUUUUUUGUGUAAUCUCUGAGCCAGUUUGUUGUGAUUCAAUGAUUUAAUUAAGAUAAGAGGGGACAGCGGUUUGUUGCCAUUUUUUUUUUUAAAGAUGCCACUUGUUUCUAAAAUGAAGUCAUAUAAACCAUUGUGAAAGCAAUAGUCAUCUUAACUGAAUGAUAGUAGUUUUAAUGUAGUUGUAUAGAGUUGUUCUAUUGAUAGACGUGUCUUAUUACCUCUUCUUAUUGUAAAGUAACAUAGUACAUAAUUCUAAAGAAGAAAACGUGUUUAUUUGGUAAAGACGCUACAGGAUCAUAAUGUAAUCUUAAUGUUUACCAUUGCUCUUCUGUUAUUGGUUCCUUGCCUCUUUGUGGGAGGCUGUGAUAGGGCAGCAGUGAAAGCCGUUGGAUAAUGAAGUAGGGCAUGUUGGUGGGAAGGGUGGGAAAGACCAUCGCGAUGGCAUCUACAGUACGUUAAACCCGGCGCCAUGACUGGACUGUCAAGCAUUUAGCAAGUGUUUGCGUUUAGAUAAAACAGCAAAGGAAGUUACACAAUUCCCUUAAUUACUCUGUUCGCAUUUUUAACACUUGUUUUACGAUAUUAUGAUAAUGCAGAUUCAACCGUUACAGUCAGAAUUCUUAAUCUCAACAUGGGUUUGAUUCUCUGGCGGAGAAGAUGCAGUUGCUCUAGCAGUCCACCAGGUGGUAUGGAUUGGGUACUCAGGUUAGCGAAGGCACAAUAGCACAAACUAAGGCUAAAUGGUCGGUGUUAGGAUGACAGGCUUGAUAACGAUAAUUAUGAUGAUGAGCACACAUUUUUUCUAACCAGGUUUUCUUUUUCAUUAUUGAAGACGAGAUUGAAUUAUAUGUACCUUUUUCUUACCUUGUUAGCACAUAUCUCAUAUUAGAUCAUAUUAUGCAUCCAUUCCACAAAUCGUGCCAAAAGAAUUACAAGAGCUAAUUUCUGUUACAUAUUUUACAUUAAAAAAAACAAUUACUCAACAGUUACUCCUCUAAAGGUGCAUUCACACCAAAAGCAAAGCGAAUAUUCUAACUUUUCUUGUGCGAGGGAUUCAGAAUCAAGGGAAAUUCAACCGUCAAAGUCAAAAUAUUUCAAUUUGAACGAACACACGAAUGAGGCGAAUUUGCGUCAUUCGCACGAGUAGGAUUUGAGUGAACCACGUUGUUUGCGCUGAAAAAUGUACAUCUAUUUGUUCCUCUGCCUUGGUUUUGUAUGUAUUCAAAGUCAAUCAAAGCCAAAAAUUUGCUUUGGUUUUGGUUGAACACACCUUUAAACAGGUUUUGUGAUGCAUCACCGUGGUCUAGUGGGCCGGCCUAACAAUAUCGACCAAUGGCAACAUCAUUGGGGCCUGAUCUACUUCCUAAGAAAGCAAUAGGUACUACCAAUAUCUCCUGAAUGAUAAUCAAACCGUUUUUACUUGAGGAAACUUGGAUAUUGCUGACGUAGGGGGAACAGUUUGCAAAGACUCUUUAUCCUUGGAAUAGAUAUCUUGUGCUAAUUCUAGCUUUCAUUUUGUCAGACCAUUUGAUCUUCCCACCUGGAUGGGAGGUUAUAGGGACCUCACCACAACCCCUAGAUGGUGAAAAGUCUUCAUUUUACUAACCUUUUUGUUUCAUCUCUCUGUCCGAACAUAAAAGGUUGCUUGAAAGGUUUCAUAAUGAGGUAGCUAAAUUAAAGCUAACUUAUUGUACACAUUAAAUAACUGAUAGGAACAGUGUAAGCCUAGACUCAAUUUGGCAUGAUGAGGGAAUCUUGUCAGUUUGCCUUGAUUUUUUUCAGACCACCUUCCAAUCAAAAUAUUUUACUCAUGUGAAUACAAUAUUCACAGUAUAUAAGAAGUGGGACAGCGCGUUGAUUCAACUGAUGGCCACCAUUCAAUUCAUGCCGGUCUUCUGUUUUAUUUCUGUAUACUGCGAGCCCUACUGCCGCCAUUUUGUGUGUCUCUAUAUCACACCCUAUGCCAUCUCCGCCAGCCCUACCACUCUUCCUGCUCUUUUGUACAGUAAUGUAAAAACAUAAUUAUAAUGAUUAUAAUCGGGCUGAUGUGUGUAGGUGUAAGGUUUAUCUUUGUUUUUAUUUUGAGGGGGGGAGGCAGGGUAGGUGUUAUCUACGGGAGGUUCUGAUCAUUGGUUUGGUUCUUCAUUGACUGCUUUGUUAUUUUCUCGUAGGUGUAAUUUAGGUAAUGUUGUGCGUAUCGUGUUUACUCCCGAGUAGUGUACUAGCGGCCGCUGCUGAGCGUGCACGUAGAACGCACACGUAGAGCGGCCGUAGUGUUAGCACGUAGCUGUCCUCAUGUUUCUAACCCGUCGAGGCUAGCCGAGUCUUUUGUCUGCUAAUGAACACAGUCUACCUUUUAAGAAAAAAAAUGUUUUGUACUAAAAGAAAAGAGAAAGAAAACGACAUACCGUAUUCUAUCGUCAAGAUUUUAAGCAUCAUUUAUGUUUUUGAACUUGUAUACAUAGAAAAGUUAAAUAGAGCAAGACGAAGCCAGCUGAUAUCAAACGUAUUGCCAUACACGAUGCUUUUGAUCCAAACUUCAAGCACUUGGGGAUUGCAGGAGGUUUUUACAGCUAGUUUGGUCAAGACGAAUGGCAUUUUAGUGGCAAAUAAAGGCCAUUCUUUUUAACAGUUCUUGAAAGCAUUUUACAAAGUGUGGUGCCAACUGACACAUAGGAUCCUCAUUGGUAUUGACAUCAAUUUUUGUUCCUCAAAUAGUUUCACAAUUUGAUGAAUCCUACCUUGUUUUCACAGUUUAAGAAGCUACAUCGUGCUAUCUUCCCAUCUUGCAGUUGGUUGACCCAAGAGCAUUACCAAUUCCGGGGUUUCAGUGAUUUAAGGAGGUGAGGUUAGAGAUGAUCUUUAGAGGUUGAAGUGUCUGAUUCCAACUUAAAAAUGUUAGUGGCUCCUUUUUGGAUUGCUUGGUCAUUGCUGGCAUGGAUAAAAUCAAUAUGUUGAUCCAAUUAGUGAGAUUGUCAAAGAUUGUGCAAUUUGAGAGGGGAGAGAUUUAUUUAGUUAUUUACUCGAAAACACAGAAACACUACUGAAGCGCUCUACCUUUCAGCCCGGAUAGAUGACUAGAAAGUAUUUUGGUUGUUGAAAUGUGCUACUGCAAGGUUUUGAGGCAUGGUGCAACUUUGAAAGAUUUUUUCAAAUAAAACUGUGAUUAUUUUGUUUUGUUUUGAUAAUUUGUUUGUGAUUUGUUGCAAUUCUCUGACAAUUGCCGAAACAACCUUGAAUUUCGUACUACUACUGCUUCUCAUACAUGCUAAAUGUCUAAUGUAAUUUAAUAUCUAUAUCUAUAUAUAGAUAUCUAUAUAUCUAUAUAUAGAUAUCUCUCUAUAUAUAUAUAUAUAUAUUCUAUCAUGUCAUGUCAAUUAUGCCUUUUUUCAGUGGUCUGAAACACAACACACUGAUGGUUGAAUACUGCUGUCAUUGCUCUGCCGAUGUGAAAACCUUCACAAGAAGAGGGGAAAUAAAAGCACAAAAGAGAACACAGCCCUGCGACAUUCUAUCAUAUCUAUCUAUCUUCAAAUCUAUCCAUCUAUCCUCUUGUCUAUCCGUCUAACAGUGUGUUCAACCUUUUAGGGCCAAAAUCCAUUGAAAUGUCUUAGUCCUGUCAGCUGUAUAUCGUAAAAUGUUCAAUUACAAAAUGGCAAAUAAAAUCUAUUUUAAAGAUCA